GAACCCGGAAGCGGUGUGGAGAGCACCGUGAGGGGUGUGCCUUCGGUUCCAAAAUGCCACGGCUUGUCACCCAGGUUGAAUUUUGGUUUCAAACCCGGCUCUGACAGGAUCCUGAGACACCCUGGCCAUCCCCACUGCGCAUCCCCAGCCGCCACGCACUGCAGACUCGGAUCUCAGGACAAGACUGAGUUUGCUGUCACUCUGUCGCCGCCCGGACAGGUCAGGAUCCAGGCGAGGGUUUCGGCCUUGUGGCCUCUACCCGACCUCCCAACUCCGCCGCCCCAGCCAUGGCACAGAAACCCAAGAUAGACCCCCACGUCGGGCGGCUAGGCUACCUGCAGGCGCUGGUCACGGAGUUCCAGGAGACCGAGAGCCAAGACGCCAAAGAGCAAGUCCUCGCCAACCUUGCCAACUUCGCUUAUGACCCUGGCAACUAUCAGUACCUACGGCAACUGCAAGUCCUGGACUUAUUCCUCGAUUCUCUGUCAGAAGAGAAUGAAACCCUAAUCAAGUUUGCUAUCGGGGGCCUCUGCAACCUGUGUCCUGACAAGGCCAACAAGGAGCACAUCCUGCAGGCAGGAGGCAUCCCACUCAUCAUCAACUGCCUGUCCAGUCCUAACGAGGAGACGGUGUUAUCCGCUGUCACCACACUCAUGUAUCUCAACUCACCAGGCACCCGUGCCCAUCCUGAACUGACCUCUCUGCCCGUGGUCCAGUGCAUGCUGCGCUUUUCUCUCUCAGCCAACACAAGGCUCCGGAACCUGGCCCAGAUAUUCCUAGAGGACUUCUGCUCCCCAAGCCAGGUGGCUGAGGCCCACAGCCAGCAGGCCCAUUCUGCCCUGGGCAUCCCACUGCCAAAGACUGAGGCCCCACAGCAGCCCUGAUCCAAAGAUUCUUCAAGAUCCUGCCACUUUCUGCCGAAGACUAGCCCUGGCACAGGCACAGGCAGCAGAAGGCCGAUGGCAUGCGGAGCCCAUCCUGCCCACGUGGUGCCUGUUCAGCUGCACGCAGGUUGGCAUGACAGGCAUUUACAUCUAGGAAAAGCAGCAGGCGUGACGAAGCCAGACUUGAGAUGCUUAGAGAAAGCUGGUAUGGCUUCCAUGGACUGGCUCUCAAUGAACUACUGACAGAGGACCACCUCUGGUGCCCCCAGUGCCCAGCUAAUACCCUCAUGUAAGAAGCUGUGCACCUGGGAGAGUGGCCAGUACCAUAAGUGUCCAGAGUCAUUUUGAUGGCUAGAGAUCAGUCAGCCUUCUUAUCUGGGAAAAUGCCGUGGGUUAACUCCUCCAGUGUUGAGGCUGAGUAUCUGGGCAUGGUAGCAUUGACUCGGAUAGCUCUGCAGACCCGAAACGACUGUCUGCACCACCCUGCUCUCUGCUAGGCUCCCUAUGAGGGAUGCAGAGGUGAAGUCUCUUCCCAUGGGUGUCGCAGUUUAAUGAGUGUUAACGAAAGGCCACUGGGCAUCAGGAGCAAGGCCCUGCAGUGUGAGAGCUGAGUGUUCAGGGGCACACCUCGUCUCUCUGGGGAGGCCUACAGAGAGGAUCCUGGGAUAUGGUUUGCCGGGCUGUGGACCUCUCAUGUACCAGCUGCCAAGUAUGGCCCCCUGUCCCUUCAGAAGAGUUGCUCUGGCCCCCUUUGCCUGUGAGUCGAAUCUUCUGACACUUGGGUGGGUGCCCUGGACAUGAACCCUUCAUGGGCUAUCCCAAUCUACUUCUGCCAUUCUCUCAGGAGCCAGGAACCUCCAGUAGGUGCUGUCAACCCCUUAGGACUUAGAUACAGACCUUCAGUAAAGAUACCUAGAAACCAGAUGCCCGAGAACCUCUAAUCUGAUCCCUUGAGAGACAGAAGCAGGAGGAUGGCAAUGAGUCUGGUCCAGCCCACCUAGUGAGUUCCUGGCCAACUUGGGCCAUGGAGUAAGAUCCUGUCACAAAGGUCCUGUAACUGGUGAUCCCGCCCUCCUCUGCCAAUGAAAAGGGGGAAAAAAAUGAAACUAGGGAAAAAGUGCAAAGAGUAGGCCUGAUGAGAAGUUGGGGUUUAGGAAAAAUGGGGGCCCUGAUACUCAACAUUGUCCUCCCUCAGAGAAGCAAGAGGGAUGAGAUCUUCAAGGACUGGAGGGGCUGGCUGUGCAGCCACGGGAUGAAGGAAGGGGGGAGCCUCUAUCACUGCGGCUGUCUCUCCCCCAGGAACUAGCCCUCUCCUGUCCCAGGAAAAGGGGCUUCAAAGAACCAAAGCCUUGUGUUUGGUUUUUAUUUUUAUUAAAAAUCUCUUGAUUUUUCUCACUGUU